CUAACCCACGCACCUUGCCCCCUUUCAAGCACACCCACUUCACACGUUCAUCUGUCGCCCUGCUCUACCUCGUGCACGUACUUCUCCGGAGGCGUGAGGAAGGAGAAGUGCGCUUCCACGUAAAGAUGUACACGAAGGCGAACCUGGCGGCCCUCCGAGUGAAGAAAGACAUUGCGGAGCUGUCGCAACAUCGCCUGAACGCUACGCACGCGUCGACUAGCAUCGACUUCCCGGAUGGCACUAGAAAUUUGCUCAAGCUCAAGGUCGGGGUUUCUAUGACCGCAGGCUUGUUCGAAGGGGCCACCUUUUACUUUAUUCUCACGAUCCCCCCCAGCUAUCCUUUUCACGCUCCGACCGUGGUGUGCACCAGCCGGGCGUGGCAUCCGAACAUUGACCUACACACAGGACUCGUGUCGCUGCCGAUCCUCACCAAGGACUGGCGACCCGUGCUCAGCAUCAACACCGUCGUCUUCGCGCUCCAGCUCAUGUUCAUAGAGCCCACGGAGCACUACGCGGUGAACAAGCCCGCGGCCGCGGCGCUCUCGAGCAACCCGGACCUGUUCCGAGAGCAGGUCCGACGCUCUUUGGCGGGAGGCUCAUUGUUCGGUGUACAGUUCGAGUCGCAUAGGCUGGCGGGGGUGGCAGACGGCAAGGGUGGCGGGCACGGGGCGGCAAAACGCAAGCGGGGAUUCGGGGAAAGCAUGGACACAGAGGCGGUGCAGACAACGUUGGAGGCGAUGCGCAUACAGGUGCGGAGACGAUAGCCUAGGAACCUCGUCCGCACUGUCGGCUCUUGAAAAACGUCCUCGACUUGAGCAGCAGCAGCAGC